GUUGGAAUUCAUACCAAGGCAUGGUUUAUCGCUGGGAUAUUUCUACUAAUGACUAUACCAAUAUCUCUCUGGGGAAUACUACAACACUUAGUCCAUUAUACUCAACCUGAAUUACAGAAACCAAUAAUAAGGAUUCUAUGGAUGGUGCCGAUUUACAGUUUAGACAGUUGGAUAGCUUUGAAAUACCCCAACAUUGCAAUAUAUGUGGAUACAUGUCGAGAAUGCUAUGAAGCUUAUGUCAUCUAUAAUUUUAUGGUUUUUCUCUCAAAUUAUCUAACCAACCGGUACCCAAACCUCGUAUUAAUAAUAGAAGCAAAAGAUCAGCAGAGACAUCUGCCGCCUCUAUGUUGUUGUCCGUCGUGGGCUAUGGGAGAAGUUUUAUUAUUUAGAUGUAAACUGGGUGUUUUGCAGUACACGGUUGUCAGACCAUUUACUACCAUUAUUGCUUUAAUUUGUGAACUAGUGGGAGUGUAUGAUGAAGGAAACUUCAGCUUCAACAAUGCUUGGACUUACUUGGUUAUACUUAAUAACAUGUCACAGCUAUUUGCUAUGUAUUGUCUGGUGCUGUUUUACAAAGUACUGCGUGAAGAACUGAACCCUAUCCAACCUGUUGGCAAGUUCCUUUGCGUGAAGAUGGUAGUUUUUGUUUCUUUCUGGCAAGCUGUGCUUAUUGCAUUGUUGGUGAAAGUUGGUGUUAUUUCUGAGAAACACACCUGGGAAUGGCAAAGUGUGGAAGCUGUGGCUACAGGCCUACAGGAUUUUAUCAUUUGUGUUGAGAUGUUCCUGGCUGCUAUUGCGCAUCACUACAGUUUUUCCUACAAACCUUAUGUUCAAGAAGCUGAAGAAGGGUCAUGCUUCGACUCUUUUCUUGCAAUGUGGGAUAUUUCUGAUAUAAGGGCAGAUAUAUCAGAACAGGUUCGAAAUGUUGGAAGGACAGUUUUGGGCCAGCCAAGGAAAAUGUUUUUUGCUGAGGAUCAUGAACAAAACGAGCAUACAAGUUUACUGUCUUCAUCUACUCAAGACCCAAUUUCUGAUGCUUCUUCAAUGCCAUCUUCACCUAUGGGUCAUUAUCAGGGGUUUGGACACACUGUGACACCUCUUACAACACCAACGACAGCCCCUGCAGUUGAUGGUAUUUAUAACACUUCUGCUAUUCGAGAUGCUGAGGAGUCACCUGAACUAGAGCACAAUUUAUCAGAGAAAGCUUUGGAUAAAAGUUAGACUCACCUUUUCUUUGAAUGUGUCAAGGAGUCCGUUAUAUACUUGCCACGCAUGUUCUGUUAACAGGUACUAUUAGUGAUGAAAGUUGAAAAGCUACUGCGCAGACAGGAAGAGGAUAUGGCUGUAACUGACAUCUGAAUUCUGGAUCUAUAAUGGAUGUGAGUAUCUGUGAGUACCCCAUGAAUAUAAAACACGCACACUGUAAAGGUUUCUGCAUAAAUUUAAGAAUCAACUCCUUAAACU